AUGACCGACGUGGCUGAUAUCGCCGCCGACUCGGCCUCGACUGAAGUGGCCGCCGCCAUCGACUCCGCCGUUGCUGUGGUCGAUCCUCUUCCCUCGAUUCCCACCCCGGCCAAGGCUCCCAUUGGCGCUGUUCUCGCCGCUGUGCCCUCCAAUGCGGAUGCCUUUGCUGGCCAUCUGCUGCGAUGCCUCCAGACCCGCGCCGGCGCUGAUGCUGUCCUGCAGUUCCUCUGCUACUCGUCCAAGCUGUCGGGCUCCGUGCUCGAGACGCUGAGCCGCAAUGCCCUGCGCCAGUCAGCACAGAAGCUCAUUGCCAUGGCCUUCCAGCUGCCGCCCGCCACGACGGUCGUUCUCUCAUCAGCCCCAGCGCCUCCCGGGGCGGCGUUUGCGCUCAACCUGGCGACCAAGCUCAAGGCCUUUGCAGGCAUUCUAAGCGAGGCACGGACGAUUAACCGACUCUGGGGUCUGCUUGGCCUGUACUUUGCGCUCAAGCGGCUCCUCUCCAGGCCGCGCCCCAAAAAGGAAGAUUCCGAAAAAGAGGGUUCAAGCUCCGUCGUUCUGGCCCACCACUUCGAUACCGUCUUCUCUCUCACCCAGAUCUUCUCCCUCAUCCUAUAUCAAGUGUUUGAGAACCUCGCGUUCUUGGGCAGCAAAAAGGCCAUUGAUCUAAAGCCCACGACCAUGGGCAAGUUUGGCCUCCUCAGCGUGCGAUGCUGGGGUGCGUAUACCUUCAUGGAGCUUGCCAGGCUGCUGCUGGAGCGCACGCGCAAGAGCGCCGAGGCCAAGGACGCCGCUUGGGCGAACACCUGGAACAAGAGCUUCUUCCGCAACUUGGCCUGGGCGCCAUUGACCGUCCAAUGGGGCAUGAUUGGCGGAGGACCUCUGCCUGAGACGGCGGUGAACUUGCUGGCGAUGUACCCCUCAACGGGACAGAUGAUUGAUCUCUGGCGUGAGACGGCUUAAAGGUGUUGAAAUCUUGUCUCCUCGAAAUCCCCGGUGAAAGGGGCGAGGGAUCUGUUGGGUGCUACGCGAGCGGCUGUGCAACUUGAAGUUGAUGGGAAAGGAUUCACAGUACCCGGAAAGGCGCAGGCAUUUUGGCACCAGUCUCCGUAUAAGAUAUAGACAUACAGAGGGUAAGAUCAUCUACCGGAGUAAAUGAUGCACUUGGUAUCGCAAGAAUAUUGGAAACCUGGGCAAUGGUAGAAUGUCGGAUAGGUAUGUAAGCUUUUUGUCUGUCUUUGCUUGUUUGGAUCACAUGUAAUAGCUGAGCUGUAUUUUGCCAUUUACGUUUAUGAAUAUAUGCAUGCAUCUUUUGCC